ACCCGGUGCAGCUUGGGGUUGCCCAGUUUUUAUGGAAACAGCAUUGCUCACGCGGAGCGGGGACCACCCCCAGUUUUCCUGAGUCCCAGUGAGACGCACGGUGACGCAGUUCCUGGGCGCGCCAAUCCCGGGCUGGCUGGGAGGGCGGGCUCUUCAGAUUUGAAUUCCCAAGCAGUUUAGGGGUUAGGGAACCUCACCGAGGAAGUGAGCGUCACCUGGGGCUAGGCCGCUGCGAGCUGGGGCCGACUUGGGCCAGAGGCGAGAGUCUUGGGGCGCCCAGGUCCCCCUCUCCCCAGCACGAAGCCGAGCCCAGACUGCAGCCGUCUUGCCAUUAUAGGCCCUUCGUCCAAGCUCCCCAACCAAGAUCGACCCCGUGCCCUGCGGCAUUGGAAGUGCGGAGUCUUAACCACUGGACCGCCAGGUUCUUCUGGCCCCUUGCUGAAGGUCUAUCCUGAAAAUUGUGUUUAAGUGAAUAUUCUGUUAGAGGAAAUUUGUUGCUACUGUUUAUCAAGAUGAUUGCAACACCUUUGAAACAUCCAGGAAUUCACUUGUCUUCAGAGACAUCUUCUCAGAGGAGAAAUAUGCCCAUGCAUGCAGUCUUUUUUGACAGCAUUCCUUCAGGCACACUUACUCCUGUAAAAGAUUUGGCGAAAUAUCAGAAGUCCUCUUUAAAAUGGAAUGACCAUAAAAAGAGUCAGUUCCUAGGAAUAACAGUUUUUAAUAAUAAAAAUAUAUUUCAAUCUACCAUGCUAGCAGAGGCCACCACCUCUAACAGUUCUCUUGAUAUCAGUGCUAUAAAACCCAACAAGGAUGGAUUAAAAAAUAAAGCAAGCUAUGAAUCACCAGGAAAAAUAUUUCAAAGAAUGAAAGAAAAAGUACUACAUAACAAGCAAGAACAAGCAUCAAGAAACAGUUUGUUGGAACCACCAAAAAAUGAAAGUAAUAAAAUUUUCACUCCUAACGGAGCUGAGGAAGGAGUAUUACGGCAUACCUACCUCUGUGAAGGAAAGGAAAACAACAAAUCGUUCCAACCAGAAGACAGUUCACUAAGAGCCUCGGUCCAAGAAGUUCCUUCAGAAUCAUCAAAUAAUAUUUUCCUGUCAGUCAAGCAAAAGAUUCAAUAUCAGCAGGAAAAGAAGGCACCUCUGUGCAAUUUAACUUAUGAGCUUCCAAUUCUGAACCAAGAACAUGAAAAUGAUUCAGCUGCAGGAGUCUCAAACAAGGCAUUAACUAGAGCUCAGUUGGCUAGACAAGUUCUUCACUCUAAGGAGAAUACAGUUGCAACCACUAAGUCCAAAAAGGACACAUUUGUUUUAGAAGGCACUGAUUCUACCUGUGAAAAAUCCCAAAAUACCACCAUUGAGACUCUCUGUGUUCCUUUUAAAAACGGCAGUCAAUUAAUGGUUUCUGAUGAUAGUAAGAUUACAACAGAAGGCACUUCAAAACAGGAAAUUAAGGAAGGAAAUGAGAAAACAAUGCCCAGGGAGACUGAUCUUCCAGGUUCCAUGAAUGAUACAUGUAAAAUUGUGCUUGCAACUCCAAGAUUUCAUACAGGAAUACCUCAGAGAUCCAAAAGCAAUGCCUGGAAACUUUCUCCAAGUACAUGCCAAACUAUUACUAAUGGAGUUAAAAAAAAUAAGGUAGUCCAGCUACAGGAAUGGAUGAUUAAAGUCAUCAAUGAUAACACUGCUAUAUGUGUAGAAGGAAAAUUGACAGACAUCACUAACAUAUAUUGGCACAGUAAUGCAAUUAUAGAACGGAUUAAGCACAACAAACUUAGGACUUUAUCAGGCAACAUGUAUAUAUUAAAAGGAAUGAUAGACCGGAUUUCCAUGAAAGAAGCAGGUUACCCAAAUUAUCUCAUAAGGAAAUUUAUGUUUGGAUUUCCAGAAAAAUGGAAAGAGUACAUUGAUAAUUUUUUAGAACAGUUAAGGUCUUGUGAAAAGAAAGGAGGAAAGGCCAGACAAAAACAGAAGACUGAAAGGGUUGUUCCUGACAUUCGAAAAUCAAUGAAAAAUGAUGCAGGGGAAAAAAAAACAGAAGUCCUCCGAAGAGCCACUGCCACUUAUGACCUUGAUUGUGAUCAUUUGGAGAGAACUGAAGAAUCCAAAGUAUCCGUUGAUAUUCUAACAUCAAGGGAACAGUUUUUCUCAGACGAAGAAAGAAAAUAUAUGGCUGUUAAUCAGAAGAAACCUUAUAUUUUAGUAACACCACUCAAAUCUAAAAAAAUUAUAGAGCAAAAAUGCAUGAAUUAUAAUCUGUCCUUUGGCACCAUUAAAGCAGUAACAGAUUUUGCAGUGCGAAAGCAUCAGAAAGAAAGUAAAUCAAACUUAAAUGAACCUACAAGUCCAAUCAGCAAACCCACAAAGACUUUAGAAAGUACAUUUGAGUAUAGUGUGGGUCAUAAAAGUAAAAACAAGGAAGAUUGUAGUGAAUGUGAUUUACUCACUGUCAACCAGAAAAUAAAAAUACCUAGUCCUAAAAAGGAACAAACAGUCACCUCUGACUUUAAGAAAAAUACAAGGUUAUCAAAAUUGAAGAAAACUGAAAAUCAAGUAACUGUGUCAUUUUACAAGCAUCAGUCCUCAUCAGAUUUGUCUAAUGAAGAGAGUGAAAAAGGAAAGGAAUUUAGAAGGAAAGCUGGGGUUGUUAAGAAAACCAGAGCAAGAAAUACCAAAGAAAUAGUGGUUCACUUGAGAAAAAGCACAAGAAAAACAAGGACAAUCCCAGUGAUGUCUGAAUCUGAAACUGAAGAGAGUGAAAAUGAACUUCAUAUGAAACAAAAGAAAGCUAGAUGUUCUGCUAAAGAAAAUCUUCAGAAAUCUGAUAUUAGCAAUGAGCUUCCAGCUAUUGAGACAAUGGGAUCUGGCAAGACAAACAGGUAUUCCUUAGCAUGUUUACCUGGUUUAAUUCAGGAUGAGGAAUGGAAUAAGAAAGAAUUACAGAAACUUCGUUGUGCUUUUGCAUCUCUUCCAAAGCACAAACCUGGUUUCUGGUCAGAGGUGGCUAUGGCUGUAGGUUCUCGAUCUGCUCAUGAAUGCCAGAGGAAAUACAUGGAAGAUCCCCGAGGAAAAAGAUCUCAGAAACAUGUCACCAAGAAAAAGCCAGUCAACCCCAAAGGCAAGAUCAGUGAUUCUGAUAAGAAGCAAACUAUUAAGAUAACUGCCAAAGUGGGAACUCUUAAAAGGAAGCAGCAGAUGAGGGAUUUUCUGGAACAGUUGCCAAAAGAUGACCAUGAUGAUUUUUUCAGUACAACACCUUUGCAGCAUCAAAGAGUACUGUUACCAAGUUUCCGGGACAGUCAAGAAGAGGAUGAUAUUCUGCCAAAUAUGGACAGAAAUCCAACAACUCCAUCAUCGGUUAUCUUUCCACUGGCAAAAACUCCUCAGUGUCAGCAUGUCAGUCCUGGCAUGCUAGCCUCUAUAAAUAGGGCUGACUGUGAUAAAUAUGUUUUUCGUAUGCAAAAAACCCAUAAAAGUAAAGGUGGCACUGUCUGGGGCAAUAUCAAGAAAAAAACAAUUGAAAGUGAUUUUUCAACUCCACCAUCAAGAAGAAAAACCCCAUUUAACAAAGAAUUAGCAGAAAACUCUGGUAUUGGAAAACUUUUCACUAAUGCUAUGGAGUCUUUAGAGGAAGAAGAGAAAGAUUCUUAUUUUUCGAACUCUGAUUCUGCAUAGUAAAAAUGAGAACACUUCCAGGAUGUUUAUCAAGAAGCAGAUAGUGUAUCUGUAUCUUCAUUUGAAGGAUGUAUUUUUUUUUUAUAAUGUAGCUUCAUAUGAAAUUGCAGACUCUUUUUCAUAGGUUUCAUGUGUUAUAUAUAGAUGUCUCUCAUAAGCAUCUUAGUCUGUUUAAGAAAAUCAUGUUCCAUACAGAUUUUUUUAGAAGCAUUCAAGAAAAUGUUGCUAUCCUUAAGGGGAGAGGUGGGGGAGAAUUAAAAAAUAGAUUGUAUUGGUAGCUACUGAGUUCAUGAAAACUUUAGGUUACCAGUUGUCACCACUUGGUAUAAAAGCCAGAGUUGAUCUAAUGUUUCAGUUAUCAGUACAUGUUGUUUAAACCAUUUGACAAGCUUUCUCCUGAUUGUUUUUCUUAAAACUUGUGAUUGGCACAUUCAUGAAACCUAUGUAAAUUUAAUUUAUUGCUUUUUCAGUAUUUUUAUUAGGUAGAAUAAGAGAACAGAUUUUGUUGUAUUCUUAAGCAGACAUGGCGUAAAUUUGGUCUCAAUAUUUAAAAGACUGGAUUAGACAAACAUUCAGGUUAUAGCUCUUUUACUGUAAGGAGUCAAGUUACUAUGUCAUGUCAUAGUAAACACUGUUUUCCUUUCAGACAGCUUCUUUAGAAAUAAACUUCUUUUAGCAUA